AUGAGUGAUCCACAGAAUAUUACACCAAGACAAAGAUUACCUUCAAGAAUAAACUUAUUCUCAAACAACUUGAAACUAGAUAUAAGAGCCCAUCAAAGAACUUAUGAAGGUGCUUAUACUAGAACUGCUAUUGGUUGUUUAGCUUUUUCAUUAUUAAUUAUUAAAUUAUUUUCAAAAGAAUUCUUACCAAUUGGAACAGCAUAUACUAUUUAUGGUUGUAUUGUUUAUUUCAUUGGUGUUUAUAAAUCAAAUCAUGUUGAUGUUUAUUAUAAUCCUGAAAAAGAUAUAGAAAUGUAUAAAACUGGUGGAAAUUAUGUUUUAUUAUUAACUAUUAUAAGUUUAAGUUGUUACAUACUGUUGUUGGUGCUAAUACUUAAAAUGUAA